CUGCGUCGCGUAAUUUUUGUGUACACACUGGUUAGACCAAACAAGUAUACAUUGGAAAAUUGUAAACAACGCUGAGAAACAUACAAAAACUGUGAAAAAUGGUUAAAAAUGAGCCUAAUUUCGUGGUGGAGCGCAUAAUCGAUAAGCGCAUCACUAGCGAAGGCAAAGUAGAGUACUUCAUCAAGUGGCGGGGCUACCCGUCGACGGACAAUACGUGGGAGCCGGAGGAAAACUGCGACUGCCCCACGCUGAUCCAACGAUUUGAAGAAUCUCGCGCCAAGUCGAAGAAACGGGGUGAGAAGAAACCCAAAUGCGAGGAGAUACAGAAGCCGCGCGGCUACGAGCGCGGCCUAGAUCUGGCUGAGAUUGUAGGAGCCACCGACGUCACCGGAGAGAUUAAGUAUUUGGUUCGGUGGCAGUUUUGCGACGAGUUCGACUUGGUACCCAGUGGCCAGGUCUCUGAGAAGGACCCUCAGAUGCUGAUAGCCUACUACCAAAAGAUGGCGCCCUAUAAUAAGCACAUUGCCCAGCGGAUGAAAGGUAUUCCCGAGGAGCUACGUUUAACGGCCUCACGCACGGCAUAUUCUCACCUCAGUAGCGCGCCCAUGGAAACUCAUCCCGACGUAGAGCCCUCGACGUCAAUGGCUAGUCAGUUGCCUAUGGCGGUGGACCAUCAGGCUCCGCAAAUAUCCGACGACCCAGAUCACGGCAACGUGGGAGUGUCUUACUCCAUUCCCGUGCCGGGAGUUGGACACAUUGCAAUAGACGUACCCAUGGCGGAAAACCAAUAGAUAAGAUCAUGUGAAAAGACUUUUGUAAAAUUUUUAAUUUUAGCUCCUAAUUUCAACUAAGACCACUGGGCUCGUCCAGAUUAAUGCUUCCCAGCUGGCCGGUGCGAAAGAAGUGUAUAAAUUUGCGCGCUGCUGCUAAUAAAUUUGUCAUCACUUCUACC